CAAUUUUAUUUCAACUCACUUUGGGGCUAUUAUCCACGUAACCAUGCUUGCGCUUCGAUCAACCCAGCUGACGUGCCGCCCUGUGGCUCCACGCCCAGCGGUGACUGCAACUCCACGCCAUGUUGUUUCACGUGACAUUCGUCUGCGGUCCUCGCCUGAGACGGAUACGGAGUUUCUGACGGAGGCGGAGCGCAAGAAAGCUGAGGCUGACAAGCUUCGUGCUGCCGAGAAGUUUAUGGUCAUCGGGUCUGGUUCUGCGACGUGCAAAGGUUGUGGCUACGAGUAUAAACCCGAAAAAGGCGACCCCGAAUUUCCUGUGCCUCCCGGUGUGACCUUCCAAGCGCUGCCGGACGACUACGUAUGUCCGAUAUGUGGUGCCCCCAAGCUUAAGUUUGAGUCACGCGCUAAAGUCGUUGCCGGCUUUGCGGAGAACCAGAGGUACGGUCUUGGAGGCAACUCCAUGACUGAAAGCCAGAAGAGCUUGCUUAUUUACGGUGCUCUGGCCGUCUUUUUCGUCCUUUUCCUUGCCGGCUACGCCCUUGAUUAGGCUGUCGAUGACUGGCUGAGGGGAACGUAACAGCUUAUUUAGUUAUUAGUUGCCAUGCAUAGGGUGAAGUGGGAAGACAGGGGAAUGGAAUGAACGUGGGUACAUAUCUUUUUGAGAAACUCAGAGUGAUAAGGAUACCCGGAGCAGCGCAUCGCCAACAAGCUAUAUGGAGGGCUCCAGCAUGCCAAGGCGGUGGUUAAAAGCGGGUUAACCCUCUAUUCGAAAGCUUGUAUCGUUGGCACAGCACUGCAGAUAUAUCUGAGCGUUUGUCGUUACGGUUGGCGUACCAGGAGUUUUGUGUACCUGGGAAUGCCGUCACCCGAAUUUGUUUCUCACGGGUGUGUCAUGUACGGCAGUUUUGCAGCGCAAUUUUGGUCACUGACGUGUCGUUGUUUGCGGAUCGCAAGAUGAGAUUCUGAAAAGCGUCUACAAGUGAUUGGGGUAAACGUCGUGCCGUGCUAAUGUACCUUACAGAGAAUGGAGGACUUAUGUCCCCUGAAGAAACCCAACGUUGUGACGGCGGCGUAUUGGAUAUAUGCCGCAUUGGUAUUGGAUGCUUGUGGCAAUAUGUGAGAUUGCAUGGUCGAGAUUAGCCAAGACAUCGUGCAUUGAUUACCCCUUUUUCCAUAGUGCGGUUUAGGCCUUUUAUACGUGAUGUAACAUUUUUUCAUUUCC